AUGGAUUACCGUGCCCGGAAAGAGGAGAUGGAUUACCGUGCCCGGAAAGAGGAGAUGGAUUACCGUGCCCGGAAAGAGGAGAUGGAUUACCGUGCCCGGAAAGAGGAGAUGGAUUACCGUGCCCGGAAAGAGGAGAUGGAUUACCGUGCCCGGAAAGAGGAGAUGGAUUACCGUGCCCGGAAAGAGGAGAUGGAUUACCGUGCCCGGAAAGAGGAGAUGGAUUACCGUGCCCGGAAAGAGGAGAUGGAUUACCGUGCCCGGAAAGAGGAGAUGGAUUACCGUGCCCGGAAAGAGGAGAUGGAUUACCGUGCCCGGAAAGAGGAGAUGGAUUACCGUGCCCGGAAAGAGGAGAUGGAUUACCGUGCCCGGAAAGAGGAGAUGGAUUACCGUGCCCGGAAAGAGGAGAUGGAUUACCGUGCCCGGAAAGAGGAGAUGGAUUACCGUGCCCGGAAAGAGGAGAUGGAUUACCGUGCCCGGAAAGAGGAGAUGGAUUACCGUGCCCGGAAAGAGGAGAUGGAUUACCGUGCCCGGAAAGAGGAGAUGGAUUACCGUGCCCGGAAAGAGGAGAUGGAUUACCGUGCCCGGAAAGAGGAGAUGGAUUACCGUGCCCGGAAAGAGGAGAUGGAUUACCGUGCCCGGAAAGAGGAGAUGGAUUACCGUGCCCGGAAAGAGGAGAUGGAUUACCGUGCCCGGAAAGAGGAGAUGGAUUACCGUGCCCGGAAAGAGGAGAUGGAUUACCGUGCCCGGAAAGAGGAGAUGGAUUACCGUGCCCGGAAAGAGGAGAUGGAUUACCGUGCCCGGAAAGAGGAGAUGGAUUACCGUGCCCGGAAAGAGGAGAUGGAUUACCGUGCCCGGAAAGAGGAGAUGGAUUACCGUGCCCGGAAAGAGGAGAUGGAUUACCGUGCCCGGAAAGAGGAGAUGGAUUACCGUGCCCGGAAAGAGGAGAUGGAUUACCGUGCCCGGAAAGAGGAGAUGGAUUACCGUGCCCGGAAAGAGGAGAUGGAUUACCGUGCCCGGAAAGAGGAGAUGGAUUACCGUGCCCGGAAAGAGGAGAUGGAUUACCGUGCCCGGAAAGAGGAGAUGGAUUACCGUGCCCGGAAAGAGGAGAUGGAUUACCGUGCCCGGAAAGAGGAGAUGGAUUACCGUGCCCGGAAAGAGGAGAUGGAUUACCGUGGGGGGGAGGAAGAGGAAGAGGAAGAGGAAGAAGAGGAAGAGGAAGAAGAGGAAGAGGAAGAAGAGGAAGAGGAAGAGGAAGAAGAGGAAGAAGAGGAAGAGGAAGAGGAAGAAGAGGAAGAAGAGGAAGAAGAGGAAGAGGAAGAGGAAGAAGAGGAAGAGGAAGAAGAGGAAGAGGAAGAGGAAGAGGAAGAAGAGGAAGAGGAAGAGGAAGAGGAAGAGGAAGAGGAAGAAGAGGAAGAAGAGGAAGAGGAAGAAGAGGAAGAAGAGGAAGAAGAGGAAGAAGAGGAAGAAGAGGAAGAAGAGGAAGAAGAGGAAGAAGAGGAAGAAGAGGAAGAAGAGGAAGAAGAGGAAGAAGAGGAAGAAGAGGAAGAAGAGGAAGAAGAGGAAGAAGAGGAAGAAGAGGAAGAAGAGGAAGAAGAGGAAGAAGAGGAAGAAGAGGAAGAAGAGGAAGAAGAGGAAGAAGAGGAAGAAGAGGAAGAAGAGGAAGAAGAGGAAGAGGAAGAAGAGGAAGAGGAAGAAGAGGAAGAGGAAGAAGAGGAAGAGGAAGAAGAGGAAGAGGAAGAAGAGGAAGAGGAAGAAGAGGAAGAGGAAGAAGAGGAAGAGGAAGAAGAGGAAGAGGAAGAAGAGGAAGAGGAAGAAGAGGAAGAGGAAGAAGAGGAAGAGGAAGAAGAGGAAGAGGAAGAAGAGGAAGAGGAAGAAGAGGAAGAGGAAGAGGAGGAUGGCCUCUGGGGCUGA